AUGGCCACCGCCUCGGCCUCGACGUCCGGCAUCGAGCUCCAUCCCCUCCCGGCCUCAGUCUCCCUCAAACAAUACCCCAUUCCACCAACCCAGCCCGCCGAAGACGGCGAUCCGAUCCUCCGCGCCUCGCGCGAGGCCGACUCAGCCAUGCCCGAGGGUGGCUACGGCUGGGUUGUCGUCACGGGCUGCUUCAUCGUCGCCUGGUGGAUCAUCGGCACCUCGUACUCGUGGGGCGUGAUCCAGAGCGCUCUCAUCGACGACGGCCUCGCGACUCCCGCCGUGCUCUCCUUUGUGGGCUCCCUCGCUGUUGCGCUGAUUUCGGCGCUGGCCAUCGUCAACUCGCGUGUUAUGAGGCGCAUUGGCCCGCGCAAAACAGGAUUGCUGGGGAUCGCGCUGCUGGGCUUGAGUGAGCUGCUCAGCAGCUUCGCGGUGAAGAACGUGGGUGCCAUGUUUGCGACGAGCGGCGUCAUCAUGGGGCUGGGCAUGAGCCGCAAGCGCGGCCUGGCCAACGGCAUCGUAUUCGCCGGUGGCGGUCUCGGCGGCGCAGUCAAUAGCUUUGCCUUGGACGCCCUCCUCAACCGCCUGGGCUCAGCGUGGACGUACCGCGUCCUUGCCCUCGUCACCCUGGCCACCGGUCUCCCCGCCGCCUGGCUCAUCAAAGAGCGUGUUCCCGUCCGAAGCUCAGGGUUUGUUGAAUGGCGUCUCUUCAAAUCCUUCACCUUCCUCGUCAUCUUCCUCGCCGGCGCCGUCGGCACAUUCCCCCUCUUCGUCCCGCCCUUCUUCCUGCCCCUCUAUUCCAAGUCCAUUGGCUUGUCGUCCUCGACGGGCGCCGGCCUGGUCGCGGGCUUCAACUUCUCCUCGGCCGUCGGCCGCAUCUGCUGCGGUGCCCUCUGCGACACCUUCGGCGCGCUCAACGUGCUCUGCGUCUCACUGGCGCUGACGGCCGUCAGCAUGCUGGCCAUCUGGCCCGCGUCGACGACGCUGGCGCCCAUGAUUGUCUUCGUCAUCGUCAACGGCAUCUCCAACGGCGGCUUCUUCUCGACCAUGCCCACAGUGGUAGGGAACGUGUUCGGGUCUGCGAGGGUGUCGGUCGCGAUGAGCAUGAUUGUCACCGGCUGGGCUGGGGGUUAUCUCAUGGGCUCCCCGAUUGCUGGCUACCUCCUCGAGGCAUACGGAGGCGCGGAGAAUGGCCUCCAGGCAUACCGCCCUGCCAUGUUCUACGCUGGGUCGUUGUCACUGGCGGCAGCAGGGCUGGUCGCACUGGUCAGGUUCCGGAUAAACCACAGCAUCCUGGCGAGGAUUUGA